AUGGUCAAACUUAGUAGCGUCACUGCGCAGGCCCUUAUCUCAUUGACUUCAGUGUCAUUAUAUGCCGGAGUUACAGACGCAUCCUAUGAUCCCCUCUGGCAUCCUGAGUACACCAAUGAAGACGCCGCAUAUGCACGUGUCAUUGAGCUCCAACAUGCUGAUGAUUCAAAUGGAAAAUUGCUAGCUACCUGGGAGCACUGGUACUCCAAUGGUUCGGCUGGUAAUUUCAUUAUUCGAGAAAGCAGCGAUUUAGGUACAACAUGGGAAACAAUCGCAACUGUCUACGCUCCAGAGGGCGUUCCAAACACCUACUUCUAUCAACCGUUUCUUUUCGAGUUCCCGCAACAACUUGGGAACUAUCCAGAGGGUACGAUUCUAUUAGUUGGAAAUCUGCACGAUUCAAAUGUUACCAAUUUCUUUUCUUGGAGAUCGGCUGAUCAUGGGAGGAACUGGGAUCCUAUUGGUAUAUGGCAAACAGGGUAUUCUAGCGUUUCAAAUGGUGCCUCUGGGACCGUGUCUGCCGGUAUUUGGGAACCUUUCUUAUUUCUUGAUAGUCAGGAGAGACUCGUGGCUGUCUUUUCUGAUGAAAGAGACUGGGGAAAUUAUUCGCAGAUGCUUGUACAUGUUAUCUCGGAAGAUGGAGGUGAUACCUGGGGUGAUGUUGUUCAUGAUGUUCUUGGGUAUGAACAAUCGUCGCGACCUGGGAUGGCUACUGUUGCCAAGAUGGAUAAUGGGAAGUACUUUAUGAGCUAUGAGUGGUGUGAUAAUAAUUAUCUGGGUCAUGCUUGCUCCGUGAAUGGGAAAACGUCUACUGAUGGAGUAUCUUGGAAUCCAAGCGACAAUGGGUCAUUUGUUUCUACGCCGGAUGGUGUUCAGUCGUCUGGAAGCCCUUAUGCUAUUUGGGAUUCUGUGGGAAAGCAGUUGAUUGUUUCUAGUCGGGCGCAGAGAUGGUUUAGUACGUUUGCUCCUGCGCUUGAUCCACCAUUUACUGCUGAGAAUCAGCAUGUCGUCCAUAUUAAUACGAACUAUGGAAGCGGGGAUUGGUGGUGGGCUUCGGCGCCUUGGUAUGUGCCCAGUGGUACAAAUUGUGGAACUAAUUAUAGUCCCAAUCUGCUGGCAUUGUCAAAUGGAACUAUUCUCUAUUCUACAAAUACCCAAGCCAUCGGCGAACAGUGUGAAGAAAGCACGGGUGCAGCACCAAUUGGGAUACUCCCAUAUAAUUCCAAUUUUUCCUUCGAGGGAAAUGCAGGCUGGAUUGAAUUCGACGCACUGUGGUCUGUCUCCGAUGGUCAAUAUAACUUCGCACCAGUGACUACUCCCGCAACUAUCGUUCUUACCGGAUCCUCUGGGUGGACGGAUUAUGAAAUCAGUGCAGACGUUAUUGUCACGAGUACAUCUGGUGUCGUGGGUGUGCUUGUUCGGGCAUCAAAUUCAAAUACUGCUCCGAAUUAUUUGAGUAGAUACACGGCUGUUGUUGAUAGUAACCGUGGUGAUCUUACGCUGUAUCAAGUGGGGGAUACGGCAACGACUACUUUGCAGACGGAGCUUGUUGAAGGGGGUGUUAAAGUUAAUCAGAUUUAUCGAUUGUCUCUUUCUGUUAAGGGGACGAGUCUCGUGGGUACUUUGAGUGAUGGGGAUGGUGGAAAUACUACUGUUAGUGUUAGUAAUGAUGGGUUGUUACGUGGUGCGGCUGGUUUAUAUGGGAGUUAUGGGAGUGGGGGGUUUAGUAAUGUGCAGAUCACGAGUUUGUGA